CACACAUAAGCAUGCACACUCAAACACGCCGCUGUGAAGAAUACUAAUCAACCUGUUUGCCGACAAGUGCAGCAGCUCGACGCGCAACUUAGCACUUUUUCAUUCUGUGUCUGGAAACAUCUGUGCGGGCUUUUAUUUUAUUGUAUUGUAUUGGUGAAUUUCAAGUGAUUUUUUGUUGGGUUUUUUUGCCGUCCUCUUUGCAGGAAGCGCAGGUGUUAUCAGUCCAGUCUCACCUGUCGCUGCGUCUUCUGAUGUGCGACAGGCAGCGAGGGAGUGUGGAUCCGGGGAAAUACAACCCACUGCUGUGCCGCCGCUUCUAGCAAGGGAAGCCCCCACGCGUUGCGCGCCCGGAUCGCCGGUAGAGAGGCUAUUCGCGUGGCGGAGUGCGUGUGCAUGCGCGUCAGGUUAUAAAUGUGUGUGCUUGAGCACGGCAAAGCCCCAGGCUCCAUCCUCAACAGUUGCCACCGGAGCGGCGGAGAGGAGAGGAGGAGAGCAAGAGAGAUAGCAGACUGAGUACGGACGGUCGCGGAGCUCCACGCCGCUCUGCCCGGCUCUGCUCCUGACAUGCAGUCGUUCAUCUCUCCGGUGACCAAGGCCAUCCUAGUAGCGCUCUUCAUCUUCGCCAUUCUCCUCAUUCUCUAUGUGAUCCUUUGGUACAUUUGCAGAGACGUGGACUGCGACCACGGCAUUUGAGGAUUCCGUUAAAACGGAGUAACGGAAAUAUCACAAUGGGUCGCACAGAGGAACCAACAGAGCCCAGGGUCAUUUUUGAUGCCCAGACAAGAUGGCAACGUUGCCAUAGUGACAGGAGGAGGCAGGGGAAUUGGUUAUGAAGUAGCUCGCCACUUGGUCAGACUCGGGGCACAUGUUAUCAUAGGUGGGAGAGAUGAGCAGGAGGGUCUUGCAGCUGUCAGAAGGAUCUGUGAACACUACAAAGAGGCCAAAGUGGAGUUCAAGAAACUGGACUUGGCUUCAUUGCAGUCUGUACGUCAGUUCGCUCAGAGCUUCAGAGAACGGGACCUGCCGCUAAAUAUUUUGGUCAAUAAUGCGGGUGUUAUGCUGGUUCCUGAGGGGCGUACGGAGGAUGGAUUUGAGCAGCACUUCGGUGUGAACUACCUGGGACACUUCCUUUUGACCUGGCUACUCCUGGAUACACUGAAGGAUUCUGGGAAAUCGGGUCAUGUCUCUCGUGUGGUCAACGUCUCAUCCUCAGCCCACCGCAUCGGACAGAUCAGACUAAAUGACCUGAAUAGCUGCCAAUCUUACUCCUCGCAUGCUGCUUACUGUCAGAGCAAGCUGGCCCAGGUGUUAUUCAGUUUCCACCUCCACCAAGAGAUGCAGAGUGGAGGUUUCCAAGUGAGUUCAUGUGCCGUGGAUCCCGGCAUGGUGGAUACCGCACUCUACUGCCACCUCUGGACACCCCUCCAUCUGGCACAAAGUGUCAUCGCUCGCCUGCUCUUCAGGACUCCUGAAGAGGGCGCUACCACUGUGCUCUCAGCUGCUCUGUCACCUGCUCUGGAGGGAGAUUGUGGAGGAGGUUACUGGGCCAAUGGGUGCAGGGAGAUGACAACACCGCUGACCUUUGAUCCCCAGCUGCAAGUGAGCCUAUGGGAAAUCAGCCUCCAGUUGCUGAACCUCCACUAGCAUGAGACAAGGAUGACCAACAGGACUAAACCCAUUUGACAACAUCAGAUAAAAAAGACCCUAUAUUCAGGGCGGCCAGCCAUUCUCUCCUCCCUUUUUUUUUUUUCAUACUUCACAUCAGGGCGUUGCUAGAAAUUUGUUACGAGUGUCAUAAUCCAGUGCUGGACUGUGAUUGGUUGUUUAGGGAGCAAAGACCUCUUUCUUUUAGGGGUUUUUUUUAGUUUUCUUUUUUAUUUUAUUUUUUUCCAGACCUGCCAAAGAAGGGCUACAGGGGAUGGAAGAUGCUUUUUUUGCUUUUCACUGUGAGCAAGCAAAUAUAUUUGCACACAAACACAACCACACUCUAGGGUUGUAGCUAUAUCUCAUUUUGCUGUCAUGGAUAGCAGGCAGUUGCUGUUGGCGCCAUCUAGUCAGAUAUCAGUUAAUGGCACCCACCAAGAUAUGAUGAAUUUGAUUCCCUGAUCGCGUAUCAGAGAAUCAGACAUCUGCUAUGAUAUAAACCUUACUUGGAUUUUUCAAUUAGUCCAGCCCAUAAUAACUAAAUGCCUCUUGGAAGCUUUUUCACAUCAACAAAAAAUUCCAGUAAAAUAAUCCAAAAGCUUAAUUUUGGCAACAAAAUAACAUGUUGGUCAAACCCUAGCAUACACGCACAUACAGUACACACACAUUUAUACACCACGACAAUGAUCUGAUCUGAUCCUGCCUUGCUGUGGCAAGGGAAUGUGAUGUCAUCAGUUUGCGUUGACACAUCACAGCGAUUUCUCAAAUCGUCUUGCCAUCCGGCCUCUUUUACUGGGAGCACUUUGUUUUUAUUGGUUACUAUUGAAUCCUCAUGUUAACUGCUGGUUGUAGUUGCAUGAGUAGAUGUUUUUACAGAAGAGAAUUUAGCUAAAAAAGCUAAGAAACCAUCAUCGUCUCCUCUUCCCUCUCUCUCCGGCACUCAGUAACCCAACAAAAGACUGCUAGGGGGAUUUGGGAUGAGGUUUAAAAAAAAGUGAGAUAUUUCAGAUAAAAGUAAGCCUAAAUUUGGAAUGAUUCCCCUUCGACCCAAGAGUGAUGAAACGUUUGGUUGUGUUGCUGUGAAUUUUUAUGCUGUUAUUUCUAAAGCAGAAUUUCCAGCUGUUUCUGGUUGUCUGUUCAAAAAAAUUUGAAAAAAAAAAAAGGUUUGGGAACAGACCUCAAAUUCCUUUUGUCACCGUUUUCCUUUGUGAUCUGUGCUAAUCGCUUUUUUCUGUGUCUGUGAUACGUGUGCAUGUAUUAUGCACACAAGCUAAGAAUUAACUCAUGUAUAGACCCAAUUCAUGCUGAUGGAUAGCACAACAAUGGCUAACCCCGGAGGAACUGCAAUGAGAAGGAAUGCGAGAGAGGGGAAAGCACAUUUUUUCAGCAUUCAAACUGUGAUUGGUUCCUCAUUGCUGCUGCUACUGCCUCUUCCUCAUUUGGCGCCGCUCCCAGUGCAUUGUGGGACUGAGAUUUCCCAGUGGUGAGAAUCAAACUCCAUCUGCUGAGCUGACACACACACACAGACACUCACUCGGAAACAUUGGAAGCAGUACAUCCAGGCAUAGGCUUAUCCAAACAAGCGCACAGCAAAUAAACACGUCUGUCUGUGAUGCAGGAACAUGCUCACACACUCUUACACACACAUACAAAGACACACUUAAUGCCAUCUCCACUGUGAUUAACAUGUUUUAGCUGUGGGGAUGAAAAAUGUUAUCUCAAAUUAAUUAAGUUUUGGCUAAAAUCCUUAACCACAAGUCACCACUGUAGUCUAUGUGUAUGUUGUUGCUUUGAAUAAAGACAGUUCGCAUCCAGCAUUCAUUAUGAUCUCCCGUAUGUGGAGCAAUAGUAUCACUGUGGUAGCUAAUUCAGCCAGUGGCACAGAGUCAGACACGAAGAAUAGGAACAAAGUGUAAUGGAAGAAAAUGCAUAAAGGAAAAAGACAUCAGCUUUAAGGCACUCAUGGCUUAAAUGGUUAAAUUUAAUGUGAUUCUCGCUGUUUUGUCAAGCAGUUUAAGUAUUAGUCUCAAUUCAGAGACGAAAAAAUCGUCCUUCAGAGAAUUUGUAGGACAGACUGACCCCCGCUGCCACAACCGUUAAAUCAGACGACAGUCUAAAUUUACAAGGGGAAAAAAUAAAGGCGUAUUUGCCCCGUCCUUGUCAUCUUAUAAAGUCAUUUUUGGUUUAUGUUAUUCAUAAGUGUGUUGGGCUUUUUGGUUCAUGUGAUAUAUCUACCGAUGAUGGGUCACCCUAACCCAAAUAUCUGCCUAAUAUCUUAUGAAUAUUUGAAUAUAUGAGUUGACAAAGAUUGCCCAAAUGCGCAGGAACCUGCACUUUGAAGGGAGGCAAUAUGCUAAAAAACCCUUUUUAAGAUUCCCAGGACUUUGCGAGGAUUCACAAUCUCGUGGCAGUCGGUCCUAUGAGUAUUACAAAUACUGACGGUAUAAUACUGAAGCCGUUACAUUUGGAAUUUAUUAGUUUUGACUGAUACAUUUGGCUGAGAUGAGGAAGCCAUCUGUAUUCAUCUGGCUUCCAGGUAUUCAGUAUCUAUUAUUAUCUUGUUCCGAGUCAAAUAUGCUGAAUUGUAGGGGGAAAAAUUUUGAGGGGAUGAAAAAAUGACAGAAAAAAUAAAAGGAACGCCUCCCGGUCGUAGUUAUUAUAAUUAUCAGGGUGUGACACGGACUCUGAUAUGAUGUGAACGCACCAUAACUCCAAGACAUCAAAGUUUACAUCCCAUAAGAGAGGCUUAUUCUGAUUAGAAAUUAAAAUAUAAUUUUAAAGCAAACAUCACAGGGUUUUUUUUUCUAGAUUAGCAAUUGCGUGUGGGCUGACUCUAAAUACCAGCAAUAUUGCUCAGUCUUUUGAGUGUUGUAUUGUUUUUCAGGCUGCUUGAAAACAGUUUUUUGCCUCAGUGCUUCCUUUGUUUGACUGUGUGGUUGCCCUUGGCCACUGUAAGGUACUGAUUAAAUAACAAACAACCAAACCUAGUGCAUAUCUAUAUAUCUAUAUAUCUCUCUAUAUAUAGAUAUAUAGAUAUAAAAUGCACAUCCUUCCAUUCACACAAAUAAAAACACCAGCCUAUCCACUCAGUGGCGCUCAUUGAAAGGCCUACAAUGUGACAUACAUCCUGUCAAAGAGCUACCGUGUUUUUCUCAGUCCAGCUGCUACAUUUUAUGUAUUUUAUGUAUUGAUGUAUUUUAGCUGGAAAGGGUGAGUGGGGGGAAUGUCACAGACUCUCCCUCCUAUCUGAGCACAAGGUUUUCCAAAGACGAAAGGAGGAAACGCGCACGGAUCUGUCUCAGUGUGCUUAUCGUGUCGACGUGCAGAAGUGGCUGCUAAAUUAUCACUGAUUACCCGGUUAUAUACGGUAUUUAGCGUCCUCCUGAAGCAUUCUACACAGACACGACAACACGGUGAAAUUUCUGAACUCGAUUUUCAAAUAUAGAAAAAGAACAACAGCUCCAGUAACUGUCUGUGAUAUUAUCUGUGUGUUGUUUACUCGUAUAUGAUCGUUUCAAAGCGUUGGAGGAGACCAGUGAAGACGUUUGUAGAUUAAAAAUAGCCAUUCCUCUGAACAACCUGGGAUCACAUUUAUAUUAAAUGUUCCAGUCCCAAGUUCUGCAAAAUCUUAAAUGUGUAUAUUUGCACUGGUGUGAAAAAGUGUUUUUUCCUUUGCUGAUUUCCAAUGUUUUUGUAUGUUUGUCACACUAAAAUGUUUUAGAUAAUCAAACAAAUUUAAAUAUUAGACAAAGUUAACAGAAGUAAACACAAAAUGCAGUUUCUUAAUGAAUGUGUUUUAUUAUUAAAGGGGAAAAAUUCCAAACCUACAUGGCUCUGUGUGAAAAAGUGAUUGCCCCCUAAACAUAAUAACCCUUAGCAGCAGCAAUCUGCAAUCAAACGUUUGCAAUAACUGGUAUUUUACAACGCUGUGGAGGAAUUUAGUCCCACUCAUCUUUGCAGAACAUUUGUAGUUCAAGCACGAACCGCUUUUUUAAGGUCAUGCCGCAGCAUCUCAAUCGGAGUCAGGGCUUUGACUAGGCCACUCCGAAGUAUUCAUUUUGAGUUUCUUAAGCUAUUCAGAGGUGGAGCUGGUGUGUUUUGGAUCAUUGUCCUGCUGCAGAACCCAAGUUUAUGUUCCUUUUGCUCAGGAGUGGUUUUCAUCUUGGAACUCCAUGCAGACCAUUUUUGCCCAGUCUCUUUCUUAUGGUGGAGUCAUGACCACUGACUCUAACUGAGGCAAGUGAGGCCAGUUCUUUGGUUCUUGUUCUGGGUCCUUUGUGACGUCCUGGAUGGUGUAACUUUGGGAGGCUGGCCACUCCUGGGAAAAUGCAUGCUAAAUCAUGAUUUAACAAGGUGGGGCAAUCACUUUUUCACACAGGGACAUGUAGGUUUGGAUUUUUUGCCCUUAAUAAUAAACACUUAGAAACUACAUUUUGUGUUUACUUGUGUCAUCUUGGUCUAAUAUUUCAAUUUGUUUGAUGAUCUGAAACAUUUAAGUGUGAUGACAAACCAAAAAAUCAGAAAGCGGGCACUUUUUCACACCACUGUAUAUGAAGUGAUACAAACAUGUAAACAGGGGGUAAAACCAGAUGAACUGAGUCCUUACUCUGGUACUAUUCCAGUUAAAAGAAGCCACAUUCUGGUGUCGUUUAACCUUUAUUGCAUACAACCCUAAACUGUUUUCUCCUUUGUUGUGAGUGCGACCUUUCAAUUGAGCCCCUGGAGGCUGCAAAUCGAAGACAUUUCCCACCUCAAAUCCAUUGUAAACAUUCAGUGCACCUGGGCCCCCUGAGUUUUUAUUGAAAUGUGUGGACUGUUUUAUUUUUAUCAUUAUUUCGUUGUUGUUGAGAUGAACAUCUUAUUGCUUUUGCCGUGCCUAAAAAAGAAAUCUCCCUCACCUAUGUGUUAACUGUGAAUUUUUUCAUGUAGAAAUUAACUCGUAGAACUUGUGAUACCGUCUUGUCCUGUGCAUUGAUAAGAUUUUUCUCUCUCUCUGGAGUGAUUGGAGUGGAGGUGAAGAAUGUUGGUGUAUGAAUGACUGUGCGUGCGUGCGUGCGCGUGUCUCUAGAUAAGGGUGUUGAUGUCUAUGAUCUUUUUUUUUCUUUUAAUUUUUUUCUUUUCUUUAUUUUUGGGUCAAUUAUUGUGACAUUCCAGCAGCAGCCGCCACCUUUUCUAUUAUCCAAAGCCUCUCAAUAAACAUAUCAUUGUGCCA